CUUCUGGAAUGACACUUGUUUUCUGAACGCAGGACUGAAUACAUACAAACAAGCACCAGAGAGGACGCCCCACUAGAUCUUAUUGAGCCACGGCCAACAUGUGAAAGAUUUUCUGUUGAGCGCAGUUUAAAAGAAUUUAAAAGAAGACAAGUCAUUCAAGGAAUGGCAAUACCUAGUCAGGGCUUGUUCACCAUUGCCCUUUUGCUGACAAAUAUUAUUUUGGAAACAAGAUACUUCUCAGGUUUCAUCUUACAGGUGCACUGUGAGGAAGAACACUUUGUAUCUCCCGUGAGGGAGAAAAGGAGCGUUCAUACGGACCAAUGGGAUUACCUUAUUGAUGUUGUUGUGACGGCCCCUGAUGUACAAACAUUCCAGCUGCUUCGAUCCCUCGUGAAUACUACCACUUUCCCCAAAGUACUUGAUAACAGCACAGAGAUCUCUGAGAUUUACAUCACAACAGUGUGCUUCCCAAGUGAAGCUGGAUUCCAGUGCAGAUGUGAGGAUAAUUUUGCUUGGCCGUACAGCAGUUGUGUCAAGUAUGGAGCCUGUGAUAAAUUAUCCGGAGGUAUCUGUAAAUGCAUCGAGCGCAUUCCGGACAAUGGCCAGUCCUGCCAGCCUAUAUCAGUGCUGUUAACUCCGGUUGAGUACACAGUGGACGUGGAGCUGAAAGUUUUCGACAUUCAGAUAGUGGACCAGCUGAGGAUCCUUCUGGAGCACAGCCCGGCAGUUCUGAGCUUGGGUCCCAAUGUCAACGUCACACACAUUAACAUCACCACAGUGUGUUACCUAAAUGGUACAAACUUCCAGUGCAGGUGUGAGGAACAGUAUGUUUGGUCAUAUGACAACUGUAUCAUAUACGGAGCCUGUGACGAGAUCAUUAGAGAGACAUGCGGUUGCAUCAACAGUAUUCCUACUGACGGGCAGUACUGCCAGCCACAGAUGGCUCCUCCAGUUGUCUAUGAAUACCUGAUUUCUAUUGAGCUGAAUGCCACAGAUGUUGCUGUCAUAGACCUACUGAGGAGCAUCAGUUACCCGAUCAGCAUCACCAACACCAUUCUAGUCUCUGACUUAAAUAUCUCUACAGUUUGCUAUCCCAGCAGCACAGGUUAUCAGUGCAAAUGUGAGGACCAGUAUCGUUGGUCAUGUGACCAGUGCUUCAUUUAUGGACCCUGUGACAACAUCACCGAAGACACGUGUGGAUGCAUCAGUGACAUUACUCCUGAUGGACAACACUGCCAGUCUGCUGAUCAGCACAACUUUACCUCAUGUCCUCCAACAACAGCCUCUCCAUCAACUACAACUCCUCCAGUUGUCUAUGAAUACCUGAUAUCUAUUGAGCUGAAUGCCACAGAUGUUGCUGUCAUAGACCUACUGGGGAGUAUCAGUUACCCGAUCAGCAUCACCAACACCAUUCUAGUCUCUGACUUAAAUAUCUCUACAGUUUGCUAUCCCAGCAGCACAGGUUAUCAGUGCAAAUGUGAGGACCAGUAUCGUUGGUCAUGUGACCAGUGCUUCAUUUAUGGACCCUGUGACAACAUCACCGAAGACACGUGUGGAUGCAUCAGUGACAUUCCUCCUGAUGGACAACACUGCCAGUCUGCUGAUCAGCACAACUUUACCUCAUGUCCUCCAACAACAGCCUCUCCAUCAACUACAACUCCUCCAGUUGUCUAUGAAUACCUGAUAUCUAUUGAGCUGAAUGCCACAGAUGUUGCUGUCAUAGACCUACUGGGGAGUAUCAGUUACCCGAUCAGCAUCACCAACACCAUUCUAGUCUCUGACUUAAAUAUCUCUACAGUUUGCUAUCCCAGCAGCACAGGUUAUCAGUGCAAAUGUGAGGACCAGUAUCGUUGGUCAUGUGACCAGUGCUUCAUUUAUGGACCUUGUGACAACAUCACAGAAGACACGUGUGGAUGCAUCAGUGACAUUCCUCCUGAUGGACAACACUGCCAGUCUGCUGAUCAGCACCACUUUAGAGCGUGUCCUAAUACAACAACAACUCCGAAACCAACAAGCAAACACACGUCUUCGGCAAUUGUGUGCGGCAGCCGCUUUCUCCCUACUGUCGGUUUCUACCACCAUCUCCACAAGUACCUCGCCUACACCCACUACCACCACUACUCCACCAGCGGUUUCUACCACCAUCUCCACAAGUACCUCGCCUACACCCACUACCACCACUACUGCACCAGCGGUUUCUACCACCAUCUCCACAAGUACCUCGCCUACACCCACUACCACCACUACUCCACCAGUAGUUUCUACCACCAUCUCCACAAGUACCUCGGCUACACCCACUACCACCACGGCGGCUCCAACCACUACGUCCAGCAACACUAUUAUAGGUAUUGGUACAGUCACCUCUACUAA